ACUUUUCAUCGACGUGCAUCAUUGGCAAGUCGUGCUCCAAAUUUUAGUUCGUUCCCGCUGUAAAUUAUAAGUGACAAGCAUUUAGUUGUGUUUCAGUACAAAAUAUUGUGUUGUUUUACUUCAAAGUCAGACAAAUAAAGCCGGAAUCAUGCCGCGAACAAUGCCCGUAGACACUCAAUGGCAAAAUUUCUGGAAAGAAUCCAUCCACAAUGAAACCGAAACUCGAAUGCGAUGGGCGCUCAAAUUCGACAACGAGUUCCACAAAAUGAUAAAUGACCCUCAGCUGGCUGACUUCAAAGUCCCCUGUGACCGCUUCAACGUCAAGAAAGUACCCACCAUCGAGCAUCCUUCCACCAGCUACGUCAUCGACAAGCAGUACCACAUGAAGAAGCAGCCACCUCCUCCACCAAUUCCCAAGAAGCCUGACUCGGGCGUCUCUUUGGACAUGUAUCCUCCUGAUCCUGCCACCAAGGCGUUGCUGUAUGACGGCAUCUCUUACAACGGCGAGGGUCGCUACCAGUACCUCCGGGCCAGGAACAAGCUGUACCCAGACCAGAGGUUCCCAUUCGAGGUCUGUUCUUCUUGGCAGUAUGGGUGGGGUGGUCAGGACGCGCCUCUGCGAGGUCCUAAACAUGCUACUAUUGCGGUGGUGAAUGAGACGUUCUAUAGGAAGAAUGGGCUGCAUUGGAUCAGAGAUCAGGCGAAGAAAGAGGGGAGAGUGAUCAACACCUUGGAGAAAGAGUAAAAGAAGGGGAGAGUGUGUGUGAAGCCCUAUGUCCAAGAAAUUCAACUGACGAACAAUAUCAGCAAGAUGGCAUGACAAAAUGAAGUAACGAGGCUAUGACAGGCUACGGCAGCAGUAAACGCUGGCCAUUGAUCUGGCGACUGACGAGAGGGAAUUUUGUGAUUACUGUUGGUCAAGACACUGAAUUUGUUGAUGCCGAAGGAACUGUCGCAAUAUCUCAUCGAUGCAGAGAAGAACCAUCCUCAAAUUUAUUCGAGGAAAAGAAAGACCUUAACUGAUCCUUCGUCUGAACUGACUGCAUAUCAAUUAUGAGCCAUAGUAAGAUCCCUUGUUGAAACUUUGCAACUUUUAUGUACCUACUUUACUUUUUAUGUUCCCGUUAACGCACUAUCUUUCAUUCAUGUUGCUGAAAUUUAGUGCAGGCUUCCAUUUCAAGACAGCAAUAAUUCAUUAUAAAGAUUUUACAUUCGCUUUCGCAAGGACAAUUACAAGUUAUAAAUCAAAAGUAAGUAAUAGUGAAUGCACUGCCAUGUACUUUUAUCCAUCUUGGGACGUAUCCUGCAUGUGUAUACCUAUUCUAAAGAAAAUUAUGCCUGCAAAUAUACACUUUUACUCA